ACAACAUCAUGGCGGCGUACAUGCUGAACACAAACACAGCACACUUUUACCCACAAAGAUAAGCAAUCGGAUAAUGACAAACGAUUCAAUUUGCGUUUAAAUGGGCAAGUAAUCGACCGUUCAUCAAAUGAUGAACAAGAAAACUGACGACGAAAUAUGCCGAACCCAAGAAAGCAUGACCCUCCCACUGGUUCAAAUAACUUCAGUGAAAUCUGGAGUCGUGUUUCCAAACUUUCUCAAAACAGGUUGAGAACAAACAAAUCGGAUAAAAGCCAGAAACGGACACCUCAAUCUUCACCUUCUGUCAGGAAGUCACCACAUUCUCGUUCUAAAGAUUUGGAGACCCCCAAACGGCGAGCGAGGGGCAGAUACACGGGCUUAAACAAUACUGCUGAUUCCCCUGGGGAUGGAGAUAUUUUGCAAGACAUCAUAUGGGACCCGGCAUCACCUACUCCUGCUAGAAGUGAAGGGACCCAGCAACACCAGAGUUGUUGAGAUAUCAGACAUCGUCAAUCGGAUCGCCCCUAAGGAUGCCCAGCAUGUCUCUGUGGAUAGUCCUCUGCUCCAGUGGAUUGGGGACAGUGCUGUCCCCUGUACUCCAGAGGUACGCCCGCCCAGAGCCAGGAAGAAAUCCACUCGGAAAAGCUCAGUGGAUGACUUGAUGCAGCUGGCCAGGCAGUUUGACAUCAACAUGCACCAGCAGGACAGAGAGAAGAAGAGUGCUGAACACACAAACAAUACCAUAAACAACAACAACAACAACAGGUACGGGGAGGAACCCAAGUGCCCGACAAUAAUGACGUCAUCAGCCCAUCAGGUAGAGGCGGAGCUUAACGCUCUGUUCGACGGGCCGACGCAGCGAAUCACCGGACGGCUCAGCCAAGGGUCGACCGCCUCCACCUGUUCUCAGGAAGUCAAGGUUCAAGUUGGGGUCAGCCAUCUCACUGCUGAUGACCUCAUCAAAGAGUGGGAGGUCAAGCCUGGCGGGGGAAUCCCGUCUGGUCCUACGGCUCGUACUGGUGAAGAGGUAGUAGGACAGUGGAACUCCACGACCACUGUGGCGAAAGACGAGGACUUUGACUGGGAGGAUGAUGACCUUCUCAACGACCCUAUCGUGUUGGAGAUCACCCAGAAUCCUGAGGGGCUGAAAACGCCAGCCCCCAAACCCAGCAGCUCACUGACUCUGAGCACUGACAGAGACAACACACAGCUGGUAACAGAUACAGAAAAGACCCUUCCACCCCCACCCUCCUCUGCUACCUCUAAUCCUACCGGUCUGCACUCUCACUCUGUCUGGAAGGGGACAAGCACACACCCUCAACCUUCAGACAGAGGUGUUCUCACUGGGCCAUGUCCUAAACUCAAGCCCACCAGCAGAAGCACUUUCCUGCUGGAGCCCAACCCUUGUUUCCAGGUGAGUAUGGCUCCGACAAGCAAAGAAGCACCCAGACCCUGCCUCACUGUUGGAGAGGCCCAACCUGAGAGACCCAGGCCCGGCUUGUCUGCGGCGGGUAGGUGCCCCAGUAGAGACUCAGAAGGGAAGGCUGAGGGGGUGAGCAAAGCCACAACUCCAGCCUCACGUGGAACCCCAGCCCCAGUCACUGCUCCGGCCCAGGGCUCGGCUCCCACCCAAGCCACGGACUCCACUUUCAAAGACAUCUCAGAUGAGGACCUCCAGUCCCUGUUUGACUCUGAGUCGCUGUGGAACGACGAUGAAGGUGACGAUGACGAACUGCUGUAUCAGGUGUGUGACGACGUGGAGAGGAUCUCCAACAGUCAGCCCCAGUCCGGGAACGCUACCGUAACGACGGACGCCACGGAGGUCCGCGUCCAAGAGAGCAAACCGAAAGCCCCUCCAACCGCCCCUCUGGCUAUAGCGAGAGAGGGGUCUAUGACUAUGGAUAGGGCUGUAGGUGCUACUAGCAAUAGACAGUCAACCACCCGCUCCAACUCAGCACCAGGGGACAGGAGCAGCACCCCUGUGAACUUUCAGGGAUGGAACAUUCUAGUGAAAGCAGGAAAUGUUGGGGUUGGACAUCAUACAGUCAUGUCCCAGAGCCAUCCAGGCAGUGGGGAGGGUCUGGGCAAGCUUACCCAGCUGAGAGGUGCUCCAGGCUGGGGAGCACUUGGCCUAGGAUCCCUUGGAGUUACAACCUUCCAAGCAGAGAACUCAAAGACAGUCAUGCCACGGACAGUUUCGGCAAGAACCCUCCCAAACUCAAAUUCCCAUCAUGCAUCAUCGUUCAAGAGACAUCUCUCGGACUCGGACGCCAUCGGCAACAAAGUGUUUGUCAGCAGCCAAAUGACAGGGAGAUGCACAGAGGAGGAGAUUGAGAGGAAGAAGCAGGAGGCCAUAGCCAGGAGAAGGUCCAGGCAAACCUCCCUAAAAGCAGGGGGACUUCCUCCGUGACUAAGCAAUGCAUUCUACUGACACUAGAUUAAUACACAGUAAAACAGAAUAUCAAUAGAGCUAUCCUACGCUAGGUAGGUACCAUAAACAUUUCUAACGGUUUCUUCACAGAACGCUAUCGGUUCUACUAGAACAGUGUUGCGUUACGGAGCUAGACUGCUUGACACACACACGCAUACACACACACACACACACACAGACCUUAUCUCUGGUCUCUACUGGAGAUGAAUUGGUUUCUGUUGUUUGAGAGCUGCUGCACUUGUUUAGCUGCUUAUAGUCUCACUAUCGUUGACUUUCUGGAGGUCACUGAAAAGUUGAGUGGAAUAUACAGUAGCAACACUAAAUCUGGACUCAUUGCAAGCGGCUGGCUUGUAAUGGCUUUACAGCACGUCGAAGGAGAUUAGUGAAACUUUUUUACACUUGAAUCUGUUGACAUUCCAAGUAGAUAAUGAGUCUGCAGAUCAUCUUGAUGAACAUGUGAAGAUCUGUUCUACCGUCUUCCAAUAGUGUCUUUCAGUUGAACUGUAGGUCCAUAACUCAGUACAUUAUAGUACAUCAUGUUUACACUGCAUGUGUUGACAUGUGGGAUAUUAGGGCCGUGUGUUUUACACCUCAGCCAUGAGAAUAACACCAACACUAACCAGGUUUCCAUCAGCCAUGAGAAUAACACCAACACUAACCAGGUUUCCAUCAGCCAUGAGAAUAACACCAACACUAACCAGGUUUCCAUCAGCCAUGAGAAUAACACCAACACUAACCAGGUUUCCAUCAGCCAUGAGAAUAACACCAACACUAACCAGGUUUCCAUCAGCCAUGAGAAUAACACCAACACUAACCAGGUUUCCAUCAGCCAUGAGAAUAACACCAACACUAACCAGGUUUCCAUCAGCCAUGAGAAUAACACCAACACUAACCAGGUUUCCAUCAGCCAUGAGAAUAACACCAACACUAACCAGGUUUCCAUCAGCCAUGAGAAUAACACCAACACUAACCAGGUUUCCAUCAGCCAUGAGAAUGACACCAACACUAACCAGGUUUCCAUCAGCCAUGAGAAUAACACCAACACUAACCAGGUUUCCAUCAGCCAUGAGAAUAACACCAACACUAACCAGGUUUCCAUCAGCCAUGAGAAUGACACCAACACUAACCAGGUUUCCAUCCAAACUUUUUAUGCCAGUCGGAUAAAAAAUGUCAGGACAGGCCUGAUGGAAACAGGCGGCAGGUAGCUUAGUGGUUAAGAGCGUUGUGCCAGUAACCGAAAGGUCGCUGGU